UUACAGGACUCCCUGAGUGGACGCUGCCAUGAAGAGGACCCGUGAUGAGGUGGACGCCACGCUGCAGAUCGCCAAGGUGAACGCGGCCGAGCUGCUGCCUGCCGUGCACUGCUUAAGCUUCGGCCCCGGGGCCGGCGGCGGCGACUUCUGCCUGCUGGAGCUGGAGCCCGCGCUCUGCCAGCAGCUGGAGGCCAGGCACAGUUUUGUGAUUCGUGGUGAUAAAGAUGAACAAGCAGUGCUGUGCAGUAAAGACAAAACAUAUGACUUGAAAAUAGCAGAUACUUCAAAUAUGUUGCUUUUCAUUCCCGGUUGUAAAACUCCUGAUCAGCUGAAGAAGGAAGAAACACACUGUAACAUUAUUCACACUGAGAUCUUUGGUUUUUCUAAUAAUUAUUGGGAGUUAAGAAGAUGUAGACCUAAAUUAAAGAAGCUAAAGAAACUUUUGAUGGAAAAUACCUAUGAAGGACCUGACAGUCAAAAAGAAAAGGAUUCAAAUCAUUCAAAAUAUACGACUGAUGAUUUGCUUGAUCAAAUUCAGGCAAGUGAGGAUGAAAUAAUGACCCAGUUGCAAGUUCUAAAUGCCUGUGAGAUUGGAGGUUAUUGGAGAAUUCUUGAAUUUGACUAUGAGAUGAAACUUCUGAAUCAUGUAACUCAGCUUGUGGAUUUUGAAUCUUGGUCGUUUAAUAAAGUUCCUUUGAGUACAUGUCUUCAGGAACUUGGACCAUUGGAGCCAGAGGAAAUGAUAGAACACUGUCUUAAAUGUUAUGGAAAGAAAUACAUAGACGAAGGUGAAGUUUAUUUUGAACUGAGUGCUGAUAAAAUAUGCAGAGCAACAGCACAGAUGCUUCUUCAGAAUGCAGUGAAAUUCAAUCUUGCUGAGUUUCAAUAAGUGUGGCAACAGAGUGUCCCUGAAGGAAUGAUAACUAGGCUUGAUCAGCUUAAGGGUUUAGCAUUGGUUGAUAGAAAUUCAAGGCCAGAAAUCAUAUUUUUGCUGAAAGUUGAUGACUUACCUGAAGGUGAUCAGGAACGUUUUAAUACUCUGUUCUCUAUAAGAGAGAAGUGGACAGAAGAAGAUAUUGCUCCAUAUAUUCAAGAUUUAUGCAGAGAAAAGCAAACCAUAGGUGCAUUACUCACUAAAUAUUCUCGUUCUUCAAUGCAGAAUGGUGUCAAAGUUUAUAAUUCAAGAAGACCCAUUUCUUAAAGGAACAACAGUCUUUUCUUUGGGACUAAAGUUGCUUUGUAAAAAUCCUGGAUAUUAAAGGACAAAAAUAUCC